AUGGCGGAGGCGGUCGUUACAGGAGGUGAGUGUGGCUCAGCUCCGCCUGACGUGACCGACUCGUUCCCUAGCGAGGAAUACGAGUGCAAAAUAUGCUACAACUACUUCGACCUGGGCCGCCACACUCCCAAACUGCUGGCCUGCUCCCACACCUUCUGCCAUGAGUGCCUCGACGCUCUGCACCUCCGUGGGGGUCGUGGAUGGAGAAUCGGCUGCCCCGUGUGUCGCCACCGAACUCCGGUGCCGGAGUACCGUGUGCACAACCUCCCCGACAACAGCGAGUUGACUCAGUCGCUCCCGCUUAAAAAUCACGAGCCCUUGGACUCAUCCUUCACAGAUGUCCAGACAGAUUCAGCCGCGUAUUCAGCCACCUCCCAGGAGAGCAACGCCAGCUGUCAGACUUGCAAACAAAUUGCGUUCAUGACCGGCUGCGUGUGCGCCAUCUUUUCUUUCAUGUCCAUGGUGGUGCUCUUAUUUCUGGGGCUCAUCUUUGUGCAUAACUUCAAUCACACGUCGUGGCCCGUCGGCCCUAUCUGUCUGUUUGUUGCCAGUGUCCUAGCCCCAUUUUCACUCAUCCUCACUUGGUUAAUGUGCAUGUUGAAGUACAGACCUGAAACUGAAGCCAGCAGUUUCCUCACUAUAAUGUGAUGUGAUCAUCUGGCUGCAAAUCUGACAUUAGCCAGAUUAGUAUAAUUAAAGGGAAAUGUGUUUAUUUAUUUCAGUGUGCUUAGGUGCCCAUAUGAUAUAUAGAUGCUUCAGUGUUUGUGAAGGAUGAAUGACUUGAAUUUGGAAAAGGAUAGGUGUUAAAAUGAAAAUGAUUGUUGGCUGGAUUCCAUUUAGCUGUUUGUGUUUCAGGGUUAUGGUGUUGUGCAUGCUGGUUCACUGUCACACUCUCUUGACUUACUGGGGCACUUGAGUUAUUGUUAAAGUUAUAAGGUACAUGUGCUUUUUGUAAUUAAUUUAUAAAUUAUGUCUCUUACAAAACAA